CAUCAAGGUCAUUCACAAAACUACAUCAAACAACCACUUCAAGACUUUUUCCGUCAACCACAAUACACUAUCACAAUGGGUGGCUGUGACUGCAACAAGGACUGCUCUUGCGCCAGCAAGGAGAGCUGCAGCUGCAAGUAGAUAUCUCGACAAGCAACAAUGCCCAUCCUGAUCAGGAGUAUGCAAUGUCAACGCCCUCACUCAUACUCGCUCGAUGAUG